AUGAUUGGUGGUAUGCGGAAUGUGUAUCUACUGGUAGUCAAGGAUAAUGUACCCAAAAAUCAUUUAGCAGCUGUUACCAGUCUAGAAUCCAAUGAAUGGUAUUUUAGAGAAUUGAAACGCAUUGAAGCUGAACAUUAUCUUCAACUUCCGGGAAAUGAUCAUGGCUCUUUUUUGGUUCGAAUCAGUGAAUCUCAAUCCAAUGAAUAUUCUUUAUCAGUACGAGAAGAGAAUACUGUUAAGCAUGAUCGUAUUCGAACAAGAUAUUCACGAACUGAUCGUACAUUAAAACGUUUAUACAUUUCAAAACAACUGCCUUUUGUUAAUAUUCAACAGCUAGUCAAUCAUUAUUUAGAGAAUCAAUUUGGUUUAUUUUGUUGA